AACGCACGCACGCACGCACGCGCUGCGGAUUGAGCUGCUCUUCCCGCUUCGAGCGCCGUUUGGCGGAUGACAGUUUGUUUUCACAGAGGGCCUGUCUGAGCAGAAGAACGAACAUUUACAUCCUCAACUACGGGAACCGAAUCGCUUUUCGUCAAGAUGAGACCACUUAUUCCCAAAUCCAAAGGAUGUGAAUCCCGGCGACCCGUCUGUGCACAACAGCUCUAGCCAAGCCGAGGUGAAAGUGUGCAGUUCGAACAAGCAUGAGGCUGCUGGCCUCCUCGCCACACCGACUACAACAAACACGCGUUGUCCCGGUGGAGUUUUAACCCCUGCAGGAGUGCAGACUGCUUGGUCCACCAAGGCUGGUGAAGAAACACAGGUAUGUAUGAGCACACACAGAUAUAACUGCCCCUUCCUUUGGUUCGACGCCCUUGAAUAGCGAACAAAAUACUAGAGCGAGAGAAAGCGAGCGAGAGACUGAGGGGUCCCAUGUGCCAUUGGGCAGCAGGGCUUUCGCCAUGAGCAGUACUCUGGGCAAAGAUAAAGACUCUAAGGAGAGGGAACCCAAAGCCGAAGGGAAAUCCAAAACCAAAGGGAAAGAUGCCAAAGACGGGAAGAAAGACACGAGCGGUGCUUCGCCCGCAGUGGCCUUCACCUUGGACAGCACGAUAAAGCGGCCCAACCCGCCGCCUAGCACGCGCAAAAAAUCCAGCAACGCGGAGGUCAUCAAGGAGCUGAACAAGUGCCGUGAGGAGAACUCAAUGCGCCUGGACCUGUCCAAGAGAUCCAUCCAUCUGCUGCCCUCUUCCAUCAAGGAGCUGACCCAGCUGACCGAGCUCUACCUGUACAGCAACAAGCUGCAAAGCCUGCCGGCCGAGGUGGGAUGCCUGUCAGGGCUGGUGACGCUGGCGCUCAGCGAGAACUCUCUCACCAGCCUGCCCGACUCGCUGGACAACCUGAAGAAGCUGCGUAUGCUCGACCUGCGGCACAACAAGCUGCGGGAGAUCCCGGCCGUGGUCUACCGCGUCACCUCCCUCACCACGCUCUACCUGCGCUUUAAUCGGAUCACCACCGUGGAGAAGGACAUCAAGAAUCUGUCCAAACUCACCAUGCUCAGCAUCCGAGAGAACAAGAUUAAACAGCUGCCCGCAGAGAUCGGUGAGCUCUGUAAUUUGAUUACGCUGGAUGUAGCCCACAACCAGCUGGAGCACCUUCCUAAAGAGAUCGGCAAUUGCACUCAGAUCACCAACCUUGACCUGCAGCACAACGAACUUCUUGACCUACCUGAGACUAUAGGUAACUUGUCAAGUAUAAACCGUCUGGGUCUGAGGUACAACCGUCUAUCAGCAAUCCCUCGAUCUUUAUCGAAGUGCCGAGAGCUGGAGGAACUCAACCUUGAAAAUAACAACAUCUCAGUGUUACCAGAGGGUCUUCUCUCCAGUCUGGUGAACCUGACGAGUCUGACGCUGGCGCGAAACUGUUUCCAGUCUUACCCAGCGGGCGGCCCGUCCCAGUUCUCCACCAUCUACUCACUCAACAUGGAGCACAACCGUAUCAACAAGAUCCCUUUCGGCAUCUUCUCCCGAGCCAAAGUGCUCAGCAAGCUCAAUAUGAAGGACAACCAGUUAACGUCUCUUCCACUGGAUUUUGGGACGUGGACCAGUAUGGUAGAGCUGAACCUGGCAACAAACCAGCUUACCAAGAUUCCAGAGGAUAUCUGUGGACUUGUGUCUUUAGAGGUCCUCAUAUUGUCCAACAAUCUUUUGAAGAAGUUGCCUCAUGGAAUAGGAAAUUUAAGGAAACUGCGAGAGCUUGACCUGGAGGAGAACAAACUGGAGUCCCUGCCGAAUGAGAUUGCCUACCUUAAGGAUCUGCAGAAACUUGUGUUGACCAAUAAUCAGCUGACCACUUUGCCGAGAGGAAUCGGUCACCUGACCAACCUGACGUACCUGGGCUUGGGAGAGAACCUGCUGCAGCACCUACCUGAGGAGAUCGGUACACUGGAGAACCUGGAGGACCUGUACCUGAAUGACAACCCCAACCUGCACAGUCUGCCGUUCGAGCUGGCGCUCUGCAGUAAGCUGUCCAUCAUGAGCAUAGAGAACUGUCCCCUCAGUCACCUCCCGCCGCAGAUCGUCGCCGGAGGCCCUUCCUUUAUCAUCCAGUUCCUCAAGAUGCAGGGUCCCUACCGUGCCAUGGUCUGAGAUGGCUCACACACUGUACAAAGAGGAAACUGAAUCGCCACACGACGUUACCUUCGUCGUCAUUAUAUCUCGGACAAGAAACGGCUUAACUGGGUUCCAAUCGAUGGAGGAAUCAUAGCCAGUUAGGUCCCCUUUACCCCCGUAGUAAACAAUGUGUAGACUUCAGUUGCCAAAAUUAAUGUACAUUAGUGAUUCUGAAGAGGCGCUUUUAAAAGGUUUCAGUCAUUUUGCCAAUUUAUUGAAAGUCAUUAUAGGGGUUUUGACACCAGGAAACAGUUGUAUGCAAAAACAAAACAUUUUUACAAGUUCAUUUUUGCUGCUGCUGCCGCCGCCAUACUGUAUGCGAGUUUUUUUUUUUUAGCCAGAGAUUUUUUUUUUUUUAUCAUCCCACAACCAAAAUAAUUUUAUUGUACAGAGGACCUGUUUGGAAGCAGUGAACAAAUUUUUAGUUCUUUUUUUAAUUAUUAUUAUUAUUAUUAAUUGUUGUUCUAGAAUUGUGCCAAUCCAGUGCAGUUGGGUGGUUUGUGUCUGAACAUUAUUAUCCAAGAAGUUUUUAAUACAAAAAGGCUGAAUUUACAAAAGUAUAAUUUAUUCCGUAAUUCCUUUUCAUUGUUGUUGAUUAUUUUAUCGCUCCCUUUUUUAAAUAUUCAUUCCUCUUCGUUAUCGGGACAUGUUGCUGCGCUUGACAUUUUAAAAUGAAUCCGCAAUCUUUUUUUCUGCGAAAUAGUGAAGCAACAAAUUAAUCAAAAAUCGUUUCUGAUAGCAGUCACGUCAUGGGUUUAGCGAGCUAGGUGCGGGUCUGGUUUCGGGGGUCUCUCUUCUGGACGUGGGGUUUGUGAUUGUUUACUUGUUUGCCAUAUCCACAGUGUUGCGCUCUGCUUGUGUCCUAUCGGUGAGAGUCGCAUCUACAUAUCAGGUGCUGAACAGUGCUAGCAGUUAAAGGCCCACGUUUACUGUGAGGAAUGCCAAACACCCAUUCAACAUCACUUCCGUCCUUUUUUUUUUUUUACUGUGCAUUUCAAGGAUUUCCUGGUCGGUGUCAUCGGACCGGUUUUAAACCCCAUGAUUUUUGGUCUUAAAUUCACAGAAUAUUAAACAAUGGUUACAGUUUUUUGCACCGUUUGUCCCACAUACUUAUGCUGCUGCUUUUAAUGCACUUUGUAUUGAUAUUUGGCAUCCUCCUCAAGUAAAAGGGUCGCGAUAUUUCAUGUUACCGAUUAAACGUAUGGAAGGGGGCAUUUAUUAUUAUUAUUAUUUCUGAAGUAUUUGAUCUUUUAUUUUAAUUCUCUAUCAUGUAUAUUUUAUAACAGUGAAUGAAAAAUUUGCCUCAGCAAAUUCGAACGAUAACAUUCUAUUAGGAACCUUUUUUUUCAAGGCUUUGACGCUAUUUCUCUUAAUUAAAUGUUUUGAUUUAAACUUCUGACUAGUUUGUGUUUCUAUAUGUUUAAAAAUUCAAAUGGUGCAGAUCAAGUGUUGCAAUUAAAAACCCAAAUGUUUCCUUUUGAUGAACUUUUUUUUAUUUCACCUUUUUAAAGAAUGGAGCCGUUUCGCGCGAGAUGGAAUUUCUUUUGGUUUAGUAUUAUAUCGAGUGACCGUAAAUUCCCACCUCCACUUUAGUUUAUCAAGCCAAAUGUAUUUUGUUUGUGUUGUGUCCACACGGACACUUUUUCUUUUUCUUUUUCUUUUUUACGUUUCCUCCAGCUUUGAUUCGUUAGGACAUUGUGUACAUCGGCAGCAGUGUAAAGGCUUCGGAGAGGCACUUAGCAUUCGUGGGGCCACGAAAAGGACACAAAUCGCUGCUUUUUUUAUCAACCAGCAGAACCUGUUGCUGCUUAUGGACCUCCUAGAAACGUAAUGCUGUAAAAGAACCGGCCCGCGUGAGACGUUACAGACUGGCUUCUCGGGCCGGUUCUACCAGCACAGACGUUCUGCUAACAGAUGAAAUCCCUCUGGACCUGCUCGGUGCAUAUGUUGCGCCUGAUGCAGAAGCUGAAUAAAAACAACAAAAAAGACAAAAAUACAAACUGUAAAAAGGGCUUUCUCUGUUCAUGCUUAACUAUACACCAGAGGCAUUGCAUUCCUGGUUUUGUAUAAAAGCUUAGAACUGUACAUUUGAGUUUUCUUUUGUGUGUGUGUGUGUGCGUGUGAGGGAAUAGUUAGAUGUUAACAAAAUGGAAUUAUUAUGUGACAAUAAAUGCCUUGGAGUACUUCAAGUGAGAUGUGCAUUAGGGAUGUGGCUUUGUGACGCGUCCCAUUUUUAAGUUAAUUUUUUUUAUUAUUUUCAGCAUUUAUGUGCCGUUUAUGCAGGGGAGGGGGUCUGGUUUUUAUGUAGGUUAACAGUAUGAUCGGUUUUGAAUGAGAAUGCAUCACAAAUCAGGAAUGUAGUCAAAAAAGACAAUAAAAUAAUUGUACUUUCAAUGGUGAAUACUGACAGCGCGGUUAUAAUCAGCCGGGGUGGCCGUUUUAAUUUUGAUCUUGUAUUGUUCUGGUGAAUCCUUAUGAUUGGAGCUUAAGGGUAUGGUUUAUUUUUUUAUAUUGUCUGUGCAUUAGGUCAUAGAAAUUGUAUAAAUGAAGGUCAUUUUCCAUGUUUUUUUUGUUUUUUUUUAAACAUAGGAAUGUUAUAUGUUUCCUGUUUUUUUUUUCUUGCCUUGCUAUGUAUAGGAAACAAGCAUGUUAAUUUUCUCUUUUUUUCUUUCUUUUUUUAAGAUUCAUAAUUGUCUGGUUGGGUGGACAGGGAUGUAAAAAAGUACACAAGAUAAAAAUGUUGCUCUUUUGUAAUUGCAAAA